AUAACGUCAUUAACGAGUAUAAAAUAAAAGUAGAUAAAGAAGCGUUCCAACGACAUCGUUAAAAAUGAACGGUAUAACUUUGUCGAUUUUCUUCUCGGUGUUGACGUUGAAUAACGCCGAUAUUCAACGAACAUCGGUGGUUCAGACAAACUCGGGACCCGUUCAAGGCGCCGCAUUGACUACAGUGUGGAACGGCAUCGAAUAUUCAUCAUUCAAAGGCAUCCCUUACGCCUCUCCACCAAUUGGAAAUCGUAGAUUCAGGCCUCCUGUUCCACCACAGCCAUGGAACGAAACUCUGGACGCCAUAGAGGAGGCAAAUGAAUGCCCUCAAGAAAUGUCGAAUGUUUAUAGUGGAAACGAAGAUUGUUUGUAUCUGAGCGUGUUUACUCCUCAGACAAAAUUCAAUGACAAGGAAUUGAAAACUCUGAAACCAGUUAUGGUUUGGAUUUAUGGUGGCUCAUUCCUUCGUGGAUCCAAUAACGCAUCUCUCUACGGUCCCGACUUUUUCAUGGAGCAAGACGUGGUUCUGGUUACCUUCAAUUAUCGCCUCGGUGCUUUAGGAUUUUUAUAUCUGAAGCACGAAAACGCAGCUGGCAAUGCCGCAAUGAGGGAUCAGCUGAUGGUUCUGGAAUGGGUUCGCGACAACAUCGCAGCAUUUGGAGGCGAUCCAAAUCGAGUGACGCUUUUCGGAGAGAGCGCUGGCGGCGCAAGCGUGAACUAUCACGUUCUGUCUGAGAAAUCUCGUGGCCUGUUCCAUCAGGCCAUCGAGCAAAGCGGGACAAGUGCCACGUAUCUUUACAAGACGCAGAAAGCGGCGUUUCAAACUGCUUGCAAAUUGGCCAGCGAGCUUGGCUUCGAGUCCGACGAUCCAAACGAGUUGUUAAAGUUCUUCCUCGAGGCGGACGCGAAGGACCUCGUGGCAACGACCAAUCGUGCCUUUCCGCUUGGCACCGACUUCUCGGUGCCGUUCGCCCCUAUAAAGGAGAAUCCCGAUCUCGUCGAUCCAAAGGACAUGUUCCUGUCCGAGUGUCCAAUAACCUUAGCCGCAAAUCAAAAGUUCAAUAAGAUGCCCGUGAUGCUCGGCUUCACCCACGACGAAGUGUUGGAUUUCUCGGGGGAGCUAUAUCAAAUUAUAAACACCACGGCGGAUAUUUUGAACGAGUUAUUUAAUUUGAAGUUGGAUCUUCAAGGACCUUACGAAGAAGUUAAGGAAUUGUCGGUGGUGUUAUCGGACUUCAUUAUGAAGGGGCCAAUCGAUUUUGCUCAGAGGUUGCUCGUUGAUGGUAACGACGAUUAUCCUGUUUAUUAUUAUCAAUUGUCAUACGUGUCUAAUUAUGCUCUGCAUGCACAGGACGGUAUACCUGAACCGGGUAUCGCUCACUUUGACGACAUUGGAUUACUUUUUAACGUGGAAAGCUUGAAUGCUCCAACGGAUCCUCGCCAUCCCUUCAACCAGUUCCGACAAAAAUUGGUCACUUUGUGGGCAAAUUUUGCGAAAUAUGGGAAUCCAACUCCUGCUAACGCAAACCCAUUGAACGACGUGAUCUGGAAACCGUCUGGUGAAGCUGGACAAUUAUUGGACAUGGGUGACAAUUUCCAAAUGAUAGAUCGCAAACAGGCGAUCAACGAAAGGGCGUUAAUUACCGAGAAAUACCUGUAUGUCUCCAUGCCCAUAACGAGCGACUGUAACGAGAUUUCUUAUGCGAAUUAUUUCAGUCUUUUCUAAAAUUUCUGUG